AUGAAUGAAACACUGGAUCCAGCUAUCUUCGCUGUGCUGCCCACCGGCUGCGAGGUUAUCGCUGUCGAGCCGCAUGGAAAGGGCAGCUGGUCUACUGGGUACAAGGUUGAGGCAGAGAGUCACGGACAGAAGCUAGGAUUUUUUCUCAAGAUAAUACGACGGCCUCGCCAUCUCGAGCUUGCUAAGGCGAUUCCACUGGGUUACGGACCUCUUGAGCUCGAGUCUUCGGCAUCAUUUUUCCUAACACCAUUCCGCAACCUAAGCGACAAGAUUCCCGAGCCAGCACAGGUGGUUGAGGUCCUGGAAAAACUACACAGGACCUCUGUGUCCCCUACUGGAAACUUUGGAUUUCAUAUCACCACAUUCAACGGUAUCGCACCGGUGAUCAAUGAAUGGUGCGAUACUUGGGAGGAAUUCUUCAGCCGCCAACUUCGGUCAGACAUCGAAUGGGAACAGAGUAUUAGAGGACCGGAUCCCGAAAUGGACGAGAUCGGGGGUGAAUUCUUCGAUAAGGUCAUCCCUAGACUGUUGCGACCACUCCAGACAGGAGGCAGGAUCAUCAAGCCCGUCCUCGUCCACGGCGACGUUUGGCCCGGCAACGUGCAGAUCGACAGGGACACUCGGCGCGUGAUCCUGUUCGACUCUUUCGACCUCGGCAUGAUGCGGGAGUCGCGGUACCGGUUCACUGGUGAGCAUGCUAGUAAAUAUUUGGGGAGCAUGCGACCAUCACAACCAGAAGAGGCCUUUGACGAUCGGAAUGCAGUAUACGCAAUGUAG